AUGCGUCGCUGCUACAAGCUUCAGGCGCUCCCAGGAGUGCUGAGUAUCUUAUCGGACGUGGCGCAGCCCCGCACCUCAACUUCUUAUCACGAGCUUCUGCAGAGCUCACGUCUCCCUGCUCAGCCGUUGCUUUUUCUUCCACCACCUCGAUGGGCGGCGGAACUGUCGCGGGUACUUCGCAGAACCUUCCCCGAGAUGGUACAGUAUCAUCACACUCGUUUUUUACCGGUGUUUGUGCAUCCAAGUUUCACCACAACUGCCGGUGCAUCUGGCACGAUGCAGCCGCUUGUCGCCAUCGGCGAGUCGCUCUUGGAGCGGAUCAGUGGCUUGUGGAUACUGGCCACGUUCGAGGGCAUUCGACGUGAGGAGUACGCUUCCCUGCUUGCAUUGCUAACCAGCGACACCGCACUAUGCCGAGUCCUGCGUGAUCACUGGCGCUUGGAGCACAUGGUGCUCACGGAUACCUCUGCUGACCUCUUCUCACGCCAGCGUCUCAGUUCCACUAAAGGACUCAUGCGCUGGCUUUCUUCGCAAGGGAACGCGGGUGGAGCACAAUCGCUUCCCGAGCCGUAUGGCGCAAGUUGUGUCAAAGCGAUGGCUGCCGCAGUGCUUUUAGAGCACGGCAACGACGCGGCGGAGCGCUUUGUGAAGUCAGAGGUGCUUCCUUACGUGUUGUAA